AUGGGUGCCGUCGUCUCUUGUGUUGAAGCCGUCCUUGGCGCGAUCGGUAGCUGCUUGAUGGCCAUUGUCAAUGGUAUCGGCUCCAUCCUUCAAGCCAUUAUCUCUGGCAUCGUGACGGUAUUUGACGUGAUUAUUUCUUGCUUGACCUGCGGUCAUGCUGGGAGAAGGCGGCAUAGAAUGAGGAGGUCGGCGGUUUAA